AUGGAUCACGAUCUUCAAAACCGCCAACCUCGUAUCUCGAACAAAAUCCACAGCGCUCGAUCGCGUCUCCGUCGAUUUUCGCAAGCCCUACAGAUUCCUUUUCGUAAAUCACAAAUCUUCGACCCCAUAUCCAUAACUUCACCUUCUACCAACAACCCAACCCAAUGGUCGGAUGUCCCACAACCUUCAGAAAUGUCCUCAUCUUCUCCAUCUUCGGACUCGAGUGGUGCUAACAUGAGUCGAGUCAUGGACGGAGCGACAGAGAGGUCGACGAGGAGAAGCCAUCAAUCACAAACAAGACCUGGGAUCUCUGCAAUAUUUGUACACGCUGGCGCAGGUUACCAUAGCACCACUAACGAGCACAUCCACCUUGGCGCUUGUAAUGAUGCUGCAAGAAUGGCCAUGAAGUUCUUGAAAGCUGGCGGCUCAGCCGUUGACGCUGUUGAAGCUGCGAUCAGAGUACUAGAAGAUAAGGAAAUCACAAACGCUGGCUACGGAAGCAACCUGUCGAUCGAGGGCAUCGUUGAAUGCGAUGCUACUGUAGUUGACCACUUGGGUAGAAGUGGUGCUUGUGGAGCAACAGGACAAAUUCGGAAUCCUAUACACUUAGCUCGAGUGAUCCUAGAUGCCUCGAACAAACCGCUAUCGCUCCGAAGGGUGCCGCCAAACCUCCUUGUCGGCCAGGGUGCAACAGAUUUUGCUUAUGAACAAAACAUUCCGGUUGUACCACACAGUAUGGUUGUUUCCAAAAACGCCCGCGACAGGUUUCUCCGUUGGCAAAGCGAUCUGGUCCGAGCAGAAAAGGGUGCGGCUCGUCUAACGCCUGGAACUUCUAGUCCUGCCAGCAGCCACGGUGAGGAGGAUGUACUUGAUCGCGAGUAUGAAGAGAGGGUUCGUGACCAACAGCGUCGGGACCAUAUGAAUGCCAUACUCCACGGGACUUGGAAUGAGGGGCAGCCCGAUUCGCCUCAGCCUUCUCCUUGUUUGGAGAAGAUGCCAGUUGAGCCUAUUCCAUGCCCAAUUUCUCGCCAAGCUCCGGUCUCUACUCCGCCAACAUACAAUGAUCCAUGCAGCAGCGCCACAGCACACUCGCGCAACCUAUCUCCAGAUAGCUCUCCCUCGAAGCGUCCCCGUUACUCGAAAGGCCAAAAUGAAGGUCACAUCCGCACGCGAUCAUUGCUGGGCCCUAAUAAUAGUAGCAGCAGUGAUCUAUACAAGUCCGUCGCCGACACUCGCAUGAAUUACAAUGAAGUCGACAUGACGCAGCAAGCCCGACCUGGUCGCAACGAUGGCCCAACCUCUCCCACCGAUAAUCCAUAUUUAGGCGAUUUUCUUCCGUCUCAACCCUCGUUUCAAAAAGAUGCCACCGACGCUCUAUUCCAUUCUCUAAACACAGCCAUAGAUGAGGAUAUGAUUACAGAUACUGUAGGCGCUAUUGCUAUCGAUAUGUUUGGUAACAUAGCUGCCGGCUCAUCCUCUGGGGGUAUAGGUAUGAAGCAUCGCGGACGUGUUGGGCCUGCUGCAUUAGUUGGUAUUGGUACAGCUGUCGUACCGGCAGACGAGAGAGAUCCCGAGGGCAUAUGCGUUGCAGCUGUCACCAGUGGUACCGGUGAACAUAUGGCGACCACCAUGGCUUCUCAAAAAUGUGCCGAUAGACUCUAUCAUAACACAAGACGUUCCCGCGGUGGAGCUGAUGUUGAAGCAACAGAGGAAGAAGCGAUGGAGUCUUUCGUAGUCUCAGAUUUCAUGGGCCACCCUGGGGUCAGGGGCAGCAAUUCCGCAGGUGCUAUCGGUGUGAUGGCUGUGAAGAAAACUCCAUACGGUUACUUUCUUCACUUUGCACACAACACCGAUUCUUUCGCGAUAGCUUCGAUGCACUCAGAUGAGAAAGAUGCAAAGUGUGUAAUGUCUCGACUUGGGGACCACGGUAGCGUAGUUCGAGGAGGACGAAAAAUUCGGUGCUAA